AUGGCAGAAUUAGUCGCAUUAGAAAGAAAGCGAGCUCUGAUUGACGGUACGUUAACUUCAUUUCAGAAGCACCUUGAUCAAGCAAUAAGCAAACAAAAUUUAACAGAUCUUGAAAUCGCUAUAUUUGAGGAUAGGUUGAAAAAUACUUUGUACAUCCAUAACAAUUUCAAUAAUGUCCAAAACGAGAUUGAAAUGACAUGUGCGUUAACUGCCUUACCUGAGCAAUCAGAGAAGAGAGAGGCUUUCGAAGAAAAAUUCUACGACUUAACUAAUAAAGCCAAGCUAUUUUUGAAACGAUAUGAGUUUCCCAGUCCUCAAUUAAAUGUUCAGUCUUCCUAUAAAUCCGAAUCAGUAGGAAUAAAGUUGCCAGAUAUUCUAUUACCUAAAUUUAACGGCAACUUUGAAGAUUGGUUAGAGUUCAGAGAUACUUUCAAAAGUUUGAUACAUGAAAACGAAUCUCUCACAUCAGUACAGAAGUUUUUCUACCUACGGGGUGCGCUAGAAGGCACUGCUGCGGCAUCAAUAAAGAAAAUUCAACAUACUGCAGAUAACUAUACAGUAGCGUGGAGUACUUUAUGCGAAAGAUUCAAUAAUACAAAAAAGUUAUUGCACGACCAUUUAGGUGCAUUGCUAUUUUUUGAACCUAUUCACAAGGGUUCCUGCGAUAAGCUACAGCAAUUAGCUGACAAUAUUUCUCGACAUUUAGGCGCUAUUGAGCAGUUAGGACAAUCAGUCGAAAAUUGGGAUUGCUUAUUAAUUUUCUGGAUAUCACAGAAAGUCGAUAACGCUUCACUAUGUGAUUGGGAGCGGCACCAGCGAAACAAAACGGAAUCGCCAGAUAUUGACGAGUUUUUAAGUUUUUUACGCGAGCGUGCGAAUUUUGUGGAUUCAUUAGAUUAUAAGAGCAAUCAAUCCCGCGAUAGAAACUCCAAUAGACCAGGUAAAGAUUUUAUGCGUAGUGCUAGAAAGGAAACAUCUAGAGUUUUAGUUUCCAACCACUAUACGUGUACCUUUUGUCAGGGAAAUCACUCAAUAUAUACAUGCAAUAAAUUUUUAAAUUUGUCAAUAAUAGAAAGGAACCAAUACGUCAGAAAUAAUCCUUCUAUAUGCGCUAACUGUCUGCGAGAAGGGCAUCCUAUAAGCAAGUGUAAAAUAGGGCCAUGUAAAAAAUGCAGGUCUCGCCAUAACUCUCUUUUACAUGACGAUAGUAUUAGAAGAGUGCAAUCGAACGAGAACGAUAACGAGCCGUCCAGCGCGAAUGUUCUGAGCAGUGGCGUGCUCCAAUGUUCAACAGGGCAAACAAUACUGUCAACUGCUCGAGUAUCAAUAUCGGACAAUUUUGGUAAAUGGCAUUCGGUAAGAGCCCUUCUGGAUUGCGGUUCUCAAACAUCAUUCAUUACGGAACGCCUGCAAAGAAAGUUGAACGUUAUUGGCCAAUCCAGCAAUCUUGAGAUAUACGGCAUAGCAAACAACAUUUCAUCUGUAAAAACUAAAUGCAAUAUCGAACUCAAGUCCCAAGUCAAUAGAUUUUCCACAAAUUUAAUUUGCUAUAUCCUACCAGAGAUAACUAGUCAAAUGCCUAGUAUUGCAAUAAUAUCUCAUAUACUGUUAGCGGAUCCAGAAUUCCAUAAGCCCGGUCCUGUCGAUAUGUUGAUCGGUGCCGAUCUGUUUUGGCAGCUCCUAGAUAACAAUAAAUUGGUCUUAGGCAAACGCGGUCCCUACUUACAAAAAACUAAGCUAGGAUGGAUCGUAUCCGGACCACUCGGUAUAGUUAACCCAAAAACUGUUUCGUGUAAUCUAAGCUUAAAUCGAGAACUACUUCAAGCGCUCACAAAAUUUUGGGAAAUUGAAGAAUUGUCCAAUGAGAAGAUUCUUUCCCCAGAUGAACUUUUAUGUGAAAGGUUAUUCGCGGAAACUACGACAAGAAAUCCCGAUGGACGGUUUGUAGUCAAUUUGCCGCUCAAGCAAGAACCUUCAGUUCUGGGAGAAUCAAGGUCUCAGGCAAAGCUUCGCUUUCUAGCCUUAGAAAAGCGUUUACUAAGAAACGAAAGGCUAGGAACUAUGUAUAGAAAGUUUAUGCACGAAUACAUCAAUUUAAACCAUAUGACAAUAGUAGACAGCCCAACCAUUGAUCAAGAAUACUAUAUGCCUCAUCACGGCGUGCUAAAAGAGUCAAGUCUAACCACAAAGCUGCGAGUAGUAUUUGAUGCUUCGGCUCCGACUAGUAACAGUAUAUCUCUAAACAAUAUUCAAGCUAUAGGGCCGGUUCUACAAAAUGAAUUAUUCUCCAUAAUAUUGAGAUUUCGUAAAUAUAAAUUCGUCAUAUCCGCCGAUAUAGCGAAAAUGUAUCGCCAGGUUUUGGUCAACCCAAUACAGCGACCACUACAGCGGAUACUAUGGCGCGAUAACCCUUCAAAGGAGCUAUGUACAUACGAGCUCAACACCGUCACCUACGGUCAAGCUUCGGCCAGUUUUCUCGCCAUAAGAUGCUUAUUCGCAUUAGCCCAAGAUAUUCAUGAUAUCAAACCAGACAUAGCUCGUAUAAUUAAGCAAGAUUUUUACGUAGAUGACUUGCUCACAGGCGCGGAUUCUCUUCCAGAUGCGCAGCGAAUAUGUCGCGAGGUUUCCGAUGUUUUGACAGGCGGUUGUUUCGAGCUCCGAAAAUGGUACUCCAACUCAUCCGAAGUUCUACACAAUAUUGUUCAAUCUGACCUAGCUCGCGAUAAUCUCGAAUUUUCUAAAAAUGAUAAGACAAAAACAUUAGGUUUGACUUGGUCAUGUCAAAACGAUAAUUUGAUGUACAAUAUCAAUAUCAAUCAUGAGCAUCAAGAUUUCACAAAGAGAUCCAUCUUGUCCAUUGUGUCAAAAAUAUUUGAUCCUCUAGGAUUACUAAGUCCUUGCAUAAUCUUAGCCAAAAUUCUAUUGCAAGAAUUGUGGUCAACUAAGACGUCUUGGGACGAUCCUAUUCCAGAAUCUAUAAAAUGCACUUGGCUCGCCUUUCAGCACGAAUUGCCUAUACUGAAUAACCUGUCUAUAUCGCGGCACGCUAUAAUACAAAAUUGUAUAAGGGUCGAACUACACGGGUUUUGCGAUUCAUCAGAGAGAGCCUACGGCGCGUGCGUCUAUUUACGUAGUUUGGACAAAGAUGGCAAUAUACGUGUCUCAUUACUUUGUGCUAAAUCCAAAGUGGCACCAAUAAAAACUGUCAGCAUACCAAGAUUAGAGCUUUGCGGCGCAGUACUAUUAUCACGCCUUACACAUAAGGUUGUAAGUUCAAUGAAUUUAAUGAGCGAUUUACCCAACGCCAGAGUAAUGCCUUCUAGCAUCAACAAUAUCAAAAGAUUCUCAUCUGAACAAUAUAUUGAUUGGCAAUUCAUACCGCCCUAUUCGCCACAUUUUGGUGGACUCUGGGAAGCCGGAGUCAAAAGUUCCAAGCACCGCAUUAAAAGAGUAAUAUCCAAAACACCUCUUUCGUUCGAGGAAUUAUCCACUUUGUUGUGUCAAGUGGAGGCAAUUUUAAAUUCCCGUCCACUAUCUCCCCUUAGUUCAGAUCCAAAUGACCUAACUUCUUUGACUCCUGCUCACUUCAUAAUUGGCAGGCCACUAAUUGCUGCCCCAGACGAGGAUGUCACUGAUGUCAAAAUCAAUAGGCUAGAUCGUUUCCAACUAGUCCAACAAAUGACACAGCAUUUCUGGCGACGUUGGAAGACAGAGUACAUCUCCGAGCUGCAACUUCGCCAAAGAUGGAAAAAACCCAAGGCGCACUACAGGAAAACGCUUUGGUUCUAUUAA